AUGAGCACAACAACCAAACAGUAUGGUGUGACAGCGCCAAUAUCCACGGCGGGACCAACUGCCAAGGAAAAUGAACUGAACGACGCGAUGAUCGAGGAACUUAGAAGCCAAAACUCGUUUGAAAGCGAGAGCGAGACUCAGAAACGGCGAGAAGUGUUGGCCACGCUGCAAAAGCUCACAGAGGAGUUUGUCUACACCGUAUCACGCCGCAAAAAUAUGAGCGAGGGCAUGGCCCGUGACGCGGGAGGAAAGAUCUUCACAUUUGGUUCGUACAGACUGGGUGUUUAUGGACCCGGGUCGGAUAUCGAUACUCUUGUUGUUGUUCCCAAACAUGUUACAAGGGACGACUUUUUUACCGUCUUCGAGGAACUGCUAAGAAAACGCCCAGAGCUGAACAAGAUCCAGCCCGUUCCCGAUGCUUUCAUGCCCAUUAUCAAAACCGUGUUUGAUGGUGUUGAUAUCGAUCUUAUCUGUGGUCGUUUGGAUAUUCCACAAGUCUCGCUCGACCUCACCUUGGAGGACAACAACUUGCUUAGAAACAUUGACGAUAGAGAUCUGAGAGCACUCAAUGGAACCAGAGUGACGGACCAAAUACUCCAGCUUGUUCCCCAGAAAAUGGUUUUCCGUCACGCCCUGCGAACCAUCAAGCUUUGGGCCCAGAGAAGAGCCAUCUACGCAAACAUGUUUGGAUUUCCGGGAGGUGUGGCCUGGGCGAUGCUGGUCGCUCGUAUUUGCCAGUUGUACCCUAACGCUGUGGGGGCAGUCAUUGUGUCUAAGUUUUUCCAGAUCUACUUGCAGUGGAAGUGGCCUCAGCCCGUGCUUUUGAAGCCGAUAGAGGACGGUCCAUUACCGGUCAGAAUCUGGAACCCUAAGCUGUAUGGCCAAGACAGACUCCAUAGAAUGCCGGUCAUCACCCCUGCAUAUCCUUCCAUGUGUGCUACCCACAACAUCACCGCUUCUACACAGAAAAUCAUACUCAAGGAGAUGCAACGUGGUCUGGAGAUAAUGAACGAUAUCCAAUUCGGGAAGCGAACAUGGAAGGAUCUUUUUGCCAAACACGAUUUCUUCUUUGCAUACAAAUUCUAUCUAACUGUGAUCACUGCCACGAGAGACUCUUUCGAGGCCCACCUGAAAUGGAGUGGUAUGGUGGAGUCCAAGCUCCGGCUUUUGGUGCAGAAACUGGAGGUUGUCAAUGGUAUUGUGCUGGCGCAUCCUUAUGUGAAGCCAUUCUCGGCGUCUUACAUCUGCGACACUGAGGAGCAGGUGUUCAAAAUCCGUGAGCUCUACGGCUCCCUUGACGGAGAAAAAUACGCAAAGGAAAACCUUAAAAAGGUGGAGAUUGAUGAUGACACGGAUAUGGUGAAGAUGGAGGAGGAAGUGAAGAAAGAAGGCAAGCACCUGGUGCAUCUUCUGAAGCUGUACAUUGGUCUUGAGCUAGAUUUGAAGGGCCGCGACAAAAAAAUGGAUAUCCAAGUUCCGUGCUCUGACUUUGACUCGAUCUGCAGAAACUGGGUCAAUUUCGACAAAGACGUGUACUCUCUGAGCAUCAAGCACGUCAAAUUAUACGACCUGCCGGACGAUGUGUACUCAGAGGACGAGCAACGACCAGUCAAGAAAGAGAGCAAGAAACGGAAAGGCGACAAGAACGGGACCAGCACCAAGAAGCUGAAGAGCGGAGACGACGCAAAGGUCAGCGCAACACUAAGCGCCGGCAGCAGUGCCAGCAGCGCUGCCAAGCCUCUUGAGGAGCCCGCUACAGCUUAA